UCAGUUACAAGCAAAACCGCGUGCGUGUGUGUUUGUUAGUUGACCCUCUCCCUCUCUCGAAACAAAAGAAAAAGCGAAAAGAAAAAGAAAAAAGAAAAAACAAAGAAAUUUCAACGCAAAAAUCCAACUUCUCCCAUUUAAGACAGAAGCAUUUAUCGUAUUCUCAAAAAAGAAAAAAAUAGAAAAAGAAAAAAAAAAGCUGUCAUCAUUCAAUGAGUUUUAGCUGUUUUUAAGGAAAAGAGACAGCUGUUUGGAUUAUGAGAUGUGCAAGAGUUCUCAUGGCUGGAAGGAAUUUGCGAUGGGGAGGUGAACAUUGAUGGUGACAGAAUGCAUUCGGAAUUGCUUCACGAAAGAAUAUCAGGAAAUUUCAAGUUGCGGAAAUUUCACCUUAGAUACACCUUUUAACAUUGGAAGGAUGCCCGACGAUGCUGCAUUAAUUUCUCAAAAUGAAGCAGAAGCUACAGCUGAUGAGCUGCAACAGAUACAAAUGACUGCCGGGACCAGUGGUCGUGAUGAAGUAAAGGUCACGCGGUGUCUCAGGCGCAGAGUGUGUACAGAUUAUGGGAUAUUUGAUAGUUGCUGCGAUGAGGAGUCGGAUCAUGAUCAGUCUGCUAAGGUGUCUGCUAGAUGGCGGCCAAAAGAAGCAUGUAGGCCCAUCAUAGACGAAGCUCCUGUAUUUUAUCCAAAUGAGGAGGAAUUUAAAGAUACGCUUGGUUACAUUGCAAGAAUACGGCAGAAAGCGGAGCCGUAUGGUAUAUGUCGGAUUGUGCCGCCACCUUCUUGGAAGCCACCUUGCCCUUUGAAAGAGAAGGUCAUAUGGGAGAGAGCCAAGUUUGCUACUCGGGUCCAAAAGGUUGACAAGCUUCAAAAUAGGGAGCCAAUGAGGAAGAAGUCCCGGAACCGGAUUCAGAGGAAGAGGAAGCGGAGAAGGCGCUCAAGGAUGGGACCCACUCGCAGGCGUAACAGUUCAGAUGUUUCUGAAGUCAAUGAAAGUGUCGCUUCUGACACUGAUGAAAAGUUUGGAUUCCAGUCGGGUUCGGACUUCACGCUUGAUUCUUUCCAAAAAUAUGCCGAUGAUUUCAAAGAGCAAUAUUUCGGUACAAAAGAAGAUAACCAGAACUUGAAUUCUAGCAGCAGUGAAGCUGACAAGAGGUGGAAGCCUUCAGUGGAGGAUAUUGAAGGCGAAUAUUGGCGGAUUGUUGAGAAGCCAACGGAGGAGAUUGAGGUACUUUAUGGUGCUGAUCUGGAAACUGGAGUUUUUGCAAGUGGCUUUCCUAAAGCAACCUUGUCAAAUGAAACUGACCCAGAUCAAUAUGUGAUGUCGGGUUGGAAUUUAAACAACUUUCCACGGCUUCCCGGGUCCGUGCUAUCUUUUGAAAGAGGGGAUAUCUCCGGAGUGUUAGUGCCGUGGCUAUAUGUAGGGAUGUGCUUUUCUUCAUUUUGUUGGCAUGUUGAGGACCAUCACCUCUAUUCACUGAACUAUUUGCACUGGGGGGAUCCGAAACUAUGGUAUGGGGUCCCUGGCAGCAGUGCAACGAAAUUGGAGGAUGCCAUGAGAAAGUGUCUACCGGAUUUGUUCGAAGAACAACCUGAUUUACUUCAUGAACUGGUAACGCAGCUGUCUCCUUCAGUUCUAAAAUCUGAGGGUGUUCCUGUUUAUCGUGCCGUUCAGCAUUCCGGGGAGUUUGUUCUUACUUUUCCAAGGGCAUACCAUUCUGGCUUCAACUGUGGCUUCAAUUGCGCGGAGGCUGUGAAUGUCGCCCCAUUUGAUUGGUUACCUCAUGGUCAAUGUGCUGUCGAGCUUUACAGUGAACAAUGUCGUAAGACAUCUGUGUCUCAUGAUAAACUGCUACUAGGCGCUGCCUGGGAAGCCAUUAAGGCACUCUCGGAGCUGCUUCUACUUGGGAGGAACAACCCAGAAAAUGUGAGAUGGCAAAGUGUUUGUGGGAAGGACGGAUUACUUACCAAUGCAAUUAAGACACGAGUCGGGAUGGAACAGGAAAGAAGAGAAUCUCUUCCUAUUGCACAGGCCAGGAACAUGGACAGAAACUUUGAUUCAACACACGAGAGAGAAUGUGUCUCAUGCUUUUAUGAUUUACACCUAUCUGCUGUGGGCUGUGAAUGCUCUCCUGAUCGCUUUGCAUGCUUGAAGCAUGCGAGACUACUCUGUUCCUGUGAACCAAGCCGAAGGUUUUUCCUCUUCCGCUACGAUAUGGAUGCAUUACAUGCUCUUGUGAAAGGUUUAGAAGGGGAAGCAAGCGCGUUACACCGUUGCGCAUCAGAGGACGUUGGAUUGGUUCAUUUGCAUUCUCAUGGACCACCAUUGGAGAAAGUGGAUGACCCCAUGUUGGCAUCUGUAUCUGAUUGCAUGGAUGUUUUGGAGAGCACUGCACAAGAAUCGCAGAGACCAUUGAUAGGCAUUGAUGUUAUGGAUGCUGACAUCUCUAAACAGGAUGUGGAAAGCGGCACAUCCGGAGAUGAUGCCUGUCUUGAAAGGUGUGAAAAUUCAGCUUGCUCCCGAGGAGUAGCAGAAUUACCCGAUAUGAAUGAAGCAUGCAAGUCCGAGCAUCAUGAUUCUUCAGAAGUCAUUCAAUCAAACUGGAAAGGCCCUGAUAGUUCAUGUGCAUCGAAUGUCAAGAUAGAAGGUGGGAUUUUGAAACCAGGUGCUUUGAAUUUGCGGCAUUGUCAGCUUUUGCGAGAGGAAGCUAGUUGCAAGGAGUUAUCGUCAAUAGGGGACAAUGUUUUGAUACUUAGCAAUGACGAUGGUGAAGCAGGCCACGUGUGGUGUCUUGAUCUAAAUCUUGAUGAGCCAUCCAUGGAACAUAGAAGUGGGACAUGCCAAAUAUCUGCAGGUUGCGACUAUAAAGUCUCUAUUCAAUCUGUUGUUAAGAAGGAACAAUCUGAGACUUCGGAUAUGCUAAGACGGGUAUACUUCUCACAAUCCGAAGCUGCUGCUGUUAACAGUUGCGGAUGGGAUGAAACCCAAAGGGAGUAUGAUUUCAUCAAAAGAUGCAAUAUGCCUAUUGUGCAAAUCUCUGAUUUCGACUCAUUGGCUUUGCUACAUCAUCCUGCCAAGUUAGCUUCUUCAAUUGUUAUUCCUGAAAGAAAUUCAAAUGGGGCGUCGUGUUCUAAGGAUGCUGAAUUCCCUUGCACAUCUACAGAGUAUAAGCUGUUUGGCAUUGAUCUUCGGCCUCAGCAGUCAUGUUUACCUGCACCUUUGAUGUGUGGAUUUAAUACGGAUAAUGGGCAACAGGGAUCUUGCUUGAUCGAACCGAAUAGUCAAACCCAUCAACAAUCGGAUGCUGUUGUAUCCCAGUCUAGUGAAACAGAAAAGGUACACCGUAGAUUGAAUUACCAUGUCGAGCCUUUGAAUUUCGGAACUGUGAUGCCUGGAAGGCAAUGGUGCAGUAGAAAAGCCAUAUUCCCAAAAGGAUUCAGAAGUCGAGUGAGGUACUUUAAUGUGCUUGAUCCCACUCGUAUCUCUUGCUAUAUCUCAGAAGUAUUGGAUGCAGGACUCCUUGGGCCUCUGUUUAAGGUAACAUUGGAAGAGAGCACAAAGGAGGUCUUCAUCAAUGUUUCCGUGAACAAGUGUUGGGAAAUGGUUCAAGAGAGACUGAACCAGGAAAUCGUAAGACAACAUAGCCUAGGAAAACAAUGCUUGCCUCCUUUGCAGCCUCGAGGAAGUCUUGAUGGGCUUGAAAUGUUUGGGUUUACUUCCCCACUGGUCAUUCAGGCUAUCGAGGCUCUCGAUCCUCACCAUCAGUGUCUGGAGUACUGGACAUCAAAGUCAAAUACGCAGCCUAAUUCGGGUACUGGAAGCGGGGCCAGCUUUACAGGGAAAGCAAUAAAGGUGUUUGGUAUGGAUUUGACGAAGCAGGAGCAGGAUAAAUCAAAUAUGGACAUGGGUACUUCAGUUCAUGAGGUCCAUCACUUGCUAGGCGGAUUGUUCAAGAAGGCAAGCCCCAAUGAGUUGAAGAUGAUGCACCGGAUAUUCUGCAGUGAGUUGUGGAGUGCCGAUUGGCAAGCGGCAUUCACGACUUUGCUAGAUGAGAUGCAGAAGAAAAUGUAAAUAAAGACAGAGAAUAAAGCAUGCAAUUUGAUGCCCGGUGGAUGCACUCCUGCACUAUUGGACUAUCUUUCUUCACCAGAGCUAUAACAUUCUUUCCUCCAAAGGUAACAAAUUUUCUUUUUUUGUUUUUAGUUUUAUUUGAUCUAAAUUCUUUCGAAGCUCCGUAGCAAUCAUGCGGAUGUCUGGCACUCAUAUUUGUCAUUGUGCCCCUGCUCAUGAUCGUACGGUAUCUUUUGGUUUAGACCAUUGGAAUGCUAACAUUGGCUUGUUAGUCAUCAGGGCAUGAUCAUAUAUUGGACUGUUGUCACAAGCCGUUGACUGGCUGCCGUAGUUGGUUUAGUCAUUAAUGAGAUUAACUGUUGAAUUCUAGAGGUCGAUAUAUAAUAGGAUUUAUUGAAAUGUAGAUGAAGGAAAUUAUUCAAAAUUUAUGAAAUAUAGCUGCCAUUUUUACUUUU